AUGGCAGAGAACAUCCUUGGUCUUUUGCUGGUCACGUCCACUUCAAGAGGUCGUGCUGUCUUUAGAUAUCCUCCUGAUCCAGCUUCACCUAACAUCCGACUCGCUCAACCCAUAUACCCCUCGGCGACAUUCACCGCAACUGAAUUUGAUCUCAACUUUAAGAACCCAUACCUGGGAGUAAACACAAACUUGAGGAAUAGGUUAUUCGGCGAUGACGGUCUCAGUAACAGUCAUGGGAAAGGGAAAGGGAAAUCCUCAUCUUCCGCUGCAGUCUCGACGUCUAUCAGAAGAUCGAAAUUGAGUUCAUCAGACAAAAGAAAUAGGAAAGAUAGAAUACAUCCCAUGUAUCUCGAAACGGAUUCAACUUAUGAGGAUGGAUAUUCUGAUGUGAACAACGAUGAUGGUGAAGAAGACGAUGCCUCAGAAAAUGCGACUAGUUCAGAUGAAGAUAGUGAUUAUGAUGUCGCUUGGUCAACUCAACAACAAAAGUCAACACAACAACCACCUCAACGUAAUACUUCAACCGAUGAUAAAGAUCAUGGGUUAAGAUCAAUAGAUAACAGUGUUGUAAUAGAACCGUCAAGACGUGGAUCAGGAAGCACUACUGCAGCAACUAUAACGGAUAACCCUCAUAACACGCAUAAUAAUCACCAAUAUGACAAUAGCAACAACAAUCAUAACGUUAAUUCGGGUAAUGACGCAAAGAAAGAAAGAGAGAAGAUUGACUCACAAUACAAUUACGCGUUGGGAUAUCAUCUAGAUUUCUUGAGCGAUAUGUUGACUCCUCCAAGAGCGGCAUGUAAUAGGAAAUUUGAGAUUUGCGUUGAAAGUUUGGUUUUCAUCGGUCAUCCAGUCUGCAGUGGUCCAGAUGGUAAAUGGGAGAUUCCAAAUGAAGAUGAUGAAUUACCGCCUUCCAGAGGAAGAAAGAUGGGUGGUACAAGUAGCGGUAGUGGAAGAAAUGAUUCAAACAGUCAAGUUCUGGCUCAACAUUCAUCUCUUGGUCCAUUGGUAGAAAAUGCGAAAGAAGGUAAUUUGAGUUCGCCAGAUUCACCUGCUCAAACACAGAUGCAAACGAAGAUGGAAGAUAAAGACGAUACACCUUCUUUGAACAUGUUUCAUUUGGUCUUGAUAAUAGACAAACCUGAUCCAAAACCUGGAACAGAAGCUCACGAUGAACAUCACAACCAAACUUUAGGAAUGUAUGAUGAAGUCUAUCGUGAAAUAGCCUUUAAAUGGACUGCUGCGGCAUGGAAAUUACAAUGCGAAACAAAUUUCAUCGCUAAACAAUCUUGGAAAAUGGCGAAAUACAAGGAGAAAUGUUUAGCUGAAGGUAUCGAUAUUACUGAUUGCUGCAGGUGGUUAUACGCCAACAUGCCCUUAGAUCGAAAUUUGAAUUCGUUAUAUUUACGAUUACAUCAACUGAAAAGUCAACCUGCCAAUCCACUCCAUUCAUACCUUCCCACCACUAUUACGACUCAUCUUGCAGAAAUGACUAUCAACACUGUCCUAUCGCCCAAAGUGGUCGAUGCUGAUGAAGCUUGGGCACAUUGGGGAGAGAGAGAUGAAAUCUCCGAAUCCGAAGCCUCCGAUAGUGAUGAUGACGAUUGGGAGGAUCCAACUACAGCAAUACGGCGACCUGAAUUGAGGGUUGAGCCAUGGCAGACAUUGUUGCUGAUUGAAGAUGAUGCAGCUAAGAGAGCAGAUGAGAUCAGUACUGCUAUCAUAGGAUUAGGUGUGGGAAUGGAUAGUCAGUCACCUAUGGCUGGAGAGAGAAGAGGUUCAAAAGCUACUGUGGCUACAAGUCAAGACCAAGAGGAUGAAGCGCAGUUGAUGAAAGCUCUGAUCGAGGCUUGCGAUGUGACCAAACCGCUCGUUGAGAUAGCACAUGCUUUGCGUUUUGAUCUGGAUGCCAUCGUUAUUCCCCUUGCUCGAGAAUUGGUGGAAAAUAAAAAGGCUAUCUUGGUGGACGUGAUAAAUACCAGAUUGCGAACCAUCGUCAUGCCCACAACAGUGGAUGAACAUACAGUAUCGAUUGAACAGUAUACCGCUCGAUUUAGUCGCGAAUUCCCUUCUUUAGCUCCCUUUUCAGCAUAUAUCUCUCAAAUCUCAUCAUCCCCUGCACCGUUCCGAGAUAUUAUACCCUCUGAUCCCGAUCUUCCGACUCGUAACCUAUACAUGUCAGCACUGAUUUGGUUGCUGAAGCAAGACUUGGUCGUCCAAGUACAUACUCGAGCAAGGGUAUACGCCAGGAAGGAAAUCCAAGUUGAGGCCUGGAAAAGAUUAUGGAAACGACGUCGUGAGAAAUGGAUCAGAUCACAGGAGCAACAACGACAAUUACAGCAGCAGCAGCAAAAACAACAAGAGGAAAUAAUGAAGUCACCUACUGGAUCAGAUUUGGUUACACCUCGAGCAAACGAUGGAAUGAUGAAUCCGUUAGAGGCCACGAUACCACCCCCAAAUCAGUCUAAGAUCGGAAACGGGCAAUCCCUCGCUCAAAGCCAUGACAACAUCAGUAGUAGUGGAAUGGACAGGUCAUAUUUAGAUUAUGAUCCUGCUUUGGAGAUGGAUAGUGAUGAAGACGUAGAAGGAAAUACGAGUGGUUUCAAAUUCCAAAACUUCAAAUCUGAUGUAGAAGAACCGCCAAAGUCUGAGAUACCCAAAUUCGAAUCCUCUUUCAUAUUCAAACCUGCAAGAGCACAAAAAGAUGAAUCGAGAUGGUUGAGGAUUAUAAGAGAAAGUGCUGAUGAGGUGACCGCAAGUAAAUUCGAUUUGGUUGUACAAUACUUGGACGGAAUGACGACCUUUGAGGAGAUCAGUUAUAGGACUGGAUUACCCAAAAGACAAUUGGAUAGAAUAAUGAGCUUGUAUAAAGACGAUAUAAUCACCUUCAUUCACCCAUAA